AUGGCCGCCACCGCGCAGUACCUGCCGCGCAGCGCCGCGCUGAUGCACCCCGACGGGGACCGGCUGCACCAGGGCACCACGUACCGCGAGGUGCAGAAGAUGAUGCACCACGAGUACCUGCAGGGGCUGGCCCCCGCCGCCGGGCACGCCGUCGGGCUGGCGCACCACCAGUGGCUGCCCAGCGCCGGCACGGACUGGGGCAGCGGCGGGGGCGGCGGCGGCGGCGCGCACCUCCCGCCUGCCGAGCACGCCAAGGGCGGCCCGCCGGGGCCCCGCGAGGAGCUGUCCGCCGCUGCCUUCCAUCACCGCCCGCAUCUGGUGCACCAGCCGGCGGCGGGCGGCGCGGCGGGCGGCUGGGCGCAGGGCGGCGCGCACCACCUGCCGCCGAUGUCGCCGCCGUCGGGGCAGCCGCUACUCUACGCGCAGCCCUAUGCGGGCCUCAACGGGAUGCUGGGGCCGCCGGCGCCUGCACUGCACCACGGGCUGCGCGACCCGCUGGGCGCGGAGGAGGCGGGAGCCCACGAGCUAGCGGCCUCGCCGCCGCCGCUGGGGCCGCCCGAGCCGUCGGACGAGGACGCGCCCAGCUCCGACGACCUGGAGCAGUUCGCCAAGCAGUUCAAGCAGCGGCGGAUCAAGCUGGGCUUCACGCAGGCCGAUGUGGGGCUGGCGCUGGGCACCCUCUACGGGAACGUCUUCUCGCAGACGACCAUCUGCCGGUUCGAGGCGCUGCAGCUGAGCUUCAAGAACAUGUGCAAGCUGAAGCCGCUGCUCAACAAGUGGCUGGAGGAGACGGACUCCAGCACGGGCAGCCCCACCAACCUGGACAAGAUCGCGGCGCAGGGCCGGAAGCGCAAGAAGCGCACCUCCAUCGAGGUGGGCGUCAAAGGCGCCCUGGAGAACCACUUCCUCAAGUGCCCCAAGCCCUCGGCGCACGAGAUCACCUCCCUGGCGGACUCCCUGCAGCUGGAGAAGGAGGUGGUGCGGGUCUGGUUCUGCAAUCGGCGGCAGAAGGAGAAGCGCAUGACGCCGGCCGGGGUCCCGCAUCCGCCUAUGGAGGACGUUUACGCACAGGCGGACACAUCGCCGCUGCACCACGCGCUGCCCGGCGCCGUGCAGUGACUUCCCGGCCCCGACGGCGGCGGAGUGGCCGCGGGCGGCGGGAGCCGCGCUUUAAUUUAUUCCUCAGACUGGCCCGGCCGCGCAGCUCAGCCGCGGCCGCUCCGCGCUGUAUUUAUUCGCCCGACACGGGCUCCCUGCGCGCCGGAGCCGCCCGCGGCCGCAGCAGCAGUAGCCAAAGGUUUGCGAUCUCUAAUUUAUUCCCCCCAUCCCGGCCCGGCCCCGCUCCGCCCGGCCCGGCCCGGGGGACGCCUCGGUACCAUUUCCCGGCCCGUUUCUAUUUAUUUUCUAACCGUGCGCGGAGCUCUGUCCCCCCGUGGGUGGGUUGGGUCCGGUCCAUCCCCUUGGGUUUCGGUUUUUGUUUGUAUCUUUAUUGCAAAACCACUGUAGACUGCGAGGGUACGUUUCUAUUUAUGUUAUAGUAAAUAUUUUAUUACUUGCAUAAACCAU